AUGAAUACAUCCAUAAUUGCCGACAAGGAAAUUCAACCAUCAUCCUCAUCACCACCACACCUGCAUAGUCAUGCCUGCCAGAGUUGUCGUCAGUUACAUCGGAAAUGUGAUAAAACGUUACCAUCAUGUUCGUAUUGCAUCAAAAGAGGAUAUAAAUGUGUUUAUAAAUCAGAACGCAAAAACUGCUGCGGAAAUACUAAAGAACAUCGAGAAGAGAAAAAGGCUCAUCCGAUUGUGUUUGUAAAUGUUGCUACACAACAAAACCAUCAACAACAACAACGAGAGGAUGAACGUUCUCGGACAAGUUUGGAAACGGCGAGAAGCUCUAAUGUGGGUGGUCGUGUUUCAACACCUUACUCAUCAACAACAACCACAUUAACCACUCCAAAUCAAUACCACAAGUCAACAACCUGUACAAACAUUUUAACAGUUGAUAGGAUCAGCCCGAUCGAGAGUAGAAUUGAACAUCAAAUCAAUUAUGUAUAUUCAACCAGACAAACUAUGGAUUUGUACUAUGAUAUACUCUCGAUGGGUUUUCCUUUGAUUGAUCGAUCCACUUUUGAAAAAGUGUUGGAAUACCAAACAACUAAUUCAGUUCAAAACAUGAUGAAUGAUUUUAGAUAUGAUUUUAUUUGUGACUUGGAGAAAGAUCAAGCAUUAUUCUACACUGUUCAAGCAGUUUGUUUUCAACGAUUGGGAUGCCAUGAAUUUGCUUCAUUUCAUUUCAAUAAUGGGAAACAAUUGAUUGGAAAUUAUUUUGAUGAUGUGGAUUCAACAAGUAUAAUACUUGCGAUGCGAUUCAUGGCAGAAUAUUUAUUAGGUGCAGGAGACAAAAGAAAAGCAAGAUCAUUGUUAAAUACUGUAAAAGUGAAAAUUUCGCCCUUCAUUCAACAAUUGCGACGAGCAGUUAAGGAGUUUCACGAAGAUCAACUCCGAACAGAUUAUAUCGAAAAAUUAAUGUUGAGUGGCCAAGCUAACUGGUUAAUUGUAUAUCUAUUAGAGGCAGAGAUGCACUUUUUUGACAUCUUCUAUUGUGAAGAGGAACACCCAGAAAGUUUUAUUUUUGAAGAGUUGGAAUUAUUUACGAAAAAUCAAAUGACUCUUUCACAAAAAAAUUUAGGAAUAUCUUCAUGCAGGUCACUAAACAAGGAAACAGCAGAAAAACUUUUCGCAGUCAUAGAAGCAUUUUCUUCUAUUGUUAAUUUGGCAAUGGAUAGUUUUGGAAAGCGAGAGAUUCUGUCGUGUUUACUUACAAAAUUUUUUAUGGCCCAACUUCGUUUGGACGUACUAUUGAAUUGUGAUCAAGAAACUCAAAAUCUUCAAGAAAUGCUUCGAGUUGCUAGAGAUGUGAUUCAGCUAACGGAGCAUCGACAUUUUCCUUUCAUUCCAGCAUGUGUCACAAAAGUAAUCAUAACUGCAUGUACCAUAAGAGCAAGCUACUAUUCAUACCUAUCUCCUGAGGAUAAUCUUAGGAAUGAUUUACGAGCUUUGAAAAUACUCUCCUCUCGAUUUCCUCUUAUUCAAAAUGAAUAUAACCAUUUAAUCAAAUCCAUUGAAUCACUAACAUACCUUCAUCACAACUCCGAGGACACAAUCUUAUUGUCGAGCUUGCUUCCUUUUAAUGAAGUUGACACAAGAAUUAAUUGUGAUGUUUCACAUCUGAUGAACUCAUCAGAUGUGAAACGAAUUGAUGUAGAGGAGAAAUUUAUACACUUUAACCAAUACGAACGUUGUAAAUCAAACCUCAAAGAACUCAUGAAUGGAUCGGAAAUUCUGGAUAUUAUUGUGGAGAGUGUUAAAGAGGAGGUGACUAUAAAAACCACAAUCACAGAUCCAAAACAGCAAAUUGAGGCACUGAAGAAUAUGCGACUGAGACUUGGAAGUCAAGUUAUUGAGAUGGCAAAAAUCCACAACGAUCAUUCAGGUCAAAUAGCAGGAGAGUUACUCAAAAAGCAAGCGCUCUUUGAAUUCAAUCUAUCAAAAGCGAAAUUAGAAAAUCCAGAGUUUGAUCCCAAUCAAACUGAUCUCAAAAACGACUUUAUUUACAGAUUCUUUAUCAGUCGAUCGAGGGAGUUCUCAUGCUAA